AUGAACAUGAACAACAAUAACAACACGCAAGAUGAAGACGAGGAAGAAUACGAAUACGAAUACUCCACCACCGAGACCGAAGACUUUUACUUCACUCUCGAUCUCACCACCCACGUGCCCGGCGCACUAGCACCACAACCUCCUGCCCGAAGUGGAAAUGGAAUCGAUCCAGUCGCACAUGUCAAUGGAGAUGGUAAUCCCGGAGACGAUGCGGAACAAAACAAUUCCUCCACCAACAACCCACCCACCGACAAGACCACUUCCUCAACACCCUCAGACACACUUCAAAUCCUCGACCUCCACACUCCAAAUCCCCUCCUAAAAUUCAACAACGAAACCUUCACAGCCCACUGGUCCACCGACCUAGGCACUCAAUUCCACAUCACCCAAACCGGCCUCCACCCCACCCCUCUCCGCCGCGGCAACGUCCUCGACGUCGUCGCCCUCUCUCAAACCCGCCUCCUCGCCAAACCCAUCACCCUCAACCCCCGCUCUCACCCCCACGGUCCCGCCUUGAACCCCUCCACCACCGCCAAACUGCCCGCCCGCAAAAUCGUCCCCGUCGUCCCCACCACCGGCCUAAACGACCACCACUCCUCCUCCGACGAAGAAGAACCCUCCCGCAAAUCCUCCACCCCCGGCGGCCCCUCCUCAACCCCCCAAUCCUCUCAAAUCAUCGCCCGCCCCGGUCUCCCCCUCUACAUUCCCCCCUCUUACCGCUCCUCCCCCUCCGCCGCCACCCAAGCCUCCUUCCUCACCCGCCUCUCCACUAUAAAACUGCAAAAGGGAGAAACCGACCUCGUCCCCGUCUACGCCGUGAAAAUCUACAAUCCCCCACCCGACGCCGCCUCCCUCCGCGCCUCCGCCUUGGCGGCCGACGAAGCAGCCGGCCACGACGUCACAGUCGCGAGGAUGCUCGACCGGUCGACAGGAUCUCGCGUGGAUGACGGCACGGGGAGGAGGGAGAUGAGGAGACAGAGAGAGGGCACGCUGCAGGAGGCGAAGAGGAGGGUGAGAGGGAAAGGGACGAGGACGAAGAAGGAACGGGUCGGGGAGGGAGGGGAGGUGGUGGGGUUUGGGAUGGGGAGGGGCGCGGGACGGGCGUCGAGGGAGAGGAUCAGGAGGGAGGUGGGGUUUGAGGAGGAUGGGGAUGUGGUGAGGAGGGAUGGGAUGGGGAGGGUGGAGAGGGUGCAUUCCGGGUUUAGGAUGAGGGAUGGGGAGCAGGUUUUGGGGUUGCAGAGGGAGGAUUCGAGGGGGAGUGGGGUGGGAGAUGUGGAGAUGGUGGAGGUUGAUGAUGAAGAUGAGGAUGAUGAUGGUGAUGGGAAUGAGGAUGUUGAGAUGGGUGAGGAGGAGGGAGGUGAAGGAUCAUCAGCGAGGGUGGGUAUAGGAGAGAUCUAG